AUGGCCGCUGGAGAUUUUUUGAAGCAGACGAAUGCUGUGAACAGUGGUGUAGGUUUAAAAUUAAUGCAGAAGAUGGGUUGGACACCUGGUGAAGGUCUUGGGAAAGGGAGAGAUGGUCCUCUUGAGCCUCUAGUUUUGGACAUCAAAUCUGACAGAAAAGGAAAACAUCCGGUAUCUAUUCUUAUGGAGCUUUGCUCGAAAAAACGAUGGAAUGCCCCACAGUUCACAUGUUUGGAGAGUGGACCAUCGAAUAACCGUAGAUUUCUGUGGAAGGCUGUUGUUAAUGGUGUUGAAUAUCAACCGUCUAUUCCAUCAACCAAUAAAAAGACUGGGAAAGCUCAGACAUGUCAGGUGGUUCUGCAAUCUUUGGGUUUGAUUCCACGCGACCCGUCAUUACCAGUUGUUCUGUGA